CAGCCCGCUCGAAGCCCGACCCGUCGAGCGUCGCGCCAGCUCGCGCCCAUGCAGCUCCGCCGGCAACCGCUUCCCGCGCCACGGCCGGGGGACCCGUACCCCGCCGCCCCGCUGCUCGCGCUGCUCCUGCUGCUCGCCCUCCAGGGGGCGGCGGCGGCGCCCGCGGGGUCCGGGGAGCCCGAGGACUCCGGGUGGCGUCAGGACGCGGAGCCCCCGCGCGGGCUCCUGUCGCAGGCGGCGCGCGCGGCGCUCCACUUCUUCAACUUCCGCGCGAGCUCGCCCAGCGCCCUUCGAGUGCUGGCUGAGGUGCAGGAGGGCCGCGCGUGGAUUAAUCAAAAGAAGGAAUAUAAAGUUGACCUGGUGUUUACCACAGAGCUCUACAACCCAGAGGAAGGUAAGGAACAUCUGGGGAAAUGUUCUGCUCGAGUGUUUUUCAGGAACGAGAAACCCAGACCGGCCAUUAAUAUAACGUGUACUCGGCUCAUUGAGAAGAAGACAAGACAAGAAGAAGAUUAUCAGCUCUACAAGUACAUGAAGCAACUUAAAAACCUCUUGGAUGUUGUCAGCAUACCUGAUAGUCAUGGACAUAUUGAUCCCUCUCUGAGACCCAUCUGGGAUUUAGCUUUUCUGGGCAGCUCUUACGUGAUGUGGGAAAAGACAACACAGUUUUUACACUACUACAUGGCACAGCUCAGCAGUGUGAAGCAGUGGAAAACAAAUGAAGAUGCAAUUGAUUUUGAUUAUACUGUUCUACUCCAUGAAUUCUCAACACAGGAAAUGAUUCCCUGUCAUAUUCACGUGGUCUGGUACCCUGGCAAACCACUGAAGGUGAAGUACCACUGUCAAGAGCUACAGACACCAGAAGAAGCCUCUGGAACUGAAGAGGCAUCAGCUGUGGCACCGACAGAGCUUAGUAAUUUCUGAAAAGCAAAAAAGAUCUGUUUAUACCAAAUUCUGAACAAAAUGAUUAUAUUAAAUAGCCUAAAUCAUUAUUCUAGUAAAAUAGCCAAGGUACAAGGCAUUCUAAUAAUUUGGGAAAGCCUGUGAUUACAAGUAAAUACUCAAAAAUUAAAAGAUACUGGGAUUUUUGGUUUUCGAUUGGUUUGGUUUAGUUUUCAACUGUGGGAGCACAUGCAAACUGAACUCUGCUCAGUGCUAAACAGUUACUCUGCAGGUUCCUCAGGGUUUCAGCCCUAAAAUGUAAAACCAAGUCAGUUAGUGUGUGCUGCAGCUGGACCAGUAAGUAUUUUAAAACAUAACAAUAAAAUUGAUGGUCACAUCUAUAAAUCUGCAUUUCUCAAUAUUCUGAACAUAUUGUAGCUAACUAUUCUGUGUUGUUAAAUUGCUUCUACCUAGUAUGUAAAAAAGAUAAUAUAUUUCAAUGAAAGCAAAUUGUAGGGAAAAUAUUACCUGUUUAAAAGGAACUUUACUAUUUUUUAUGAUUUUGAGCAAGUAUUCCUUUUAAAUUUGAUAUCUACUUUUAAAUGUGUUUCUAAAUAAAAUGUGUUACAUGUGUUUGUA